CCGUGCACGCCAACGGUGCUCGCCUCCUCUUCCCGGCAGAUUCCUUCACCAGCAAAGUGCUGUGGACCCUGUUGAGAGACGUGAAGUUUGGAGAGGCCGUUUCCUACAAGCACUUGGCAGACCUGGCAGGCAACAGCAGAGCAGCGAGGGCGGUGGGAGGAGCCAUGAGGAGCAACCCUAUCCCGAUUCUAAUCCCGUGCCACAGGGUGAUCUGCAGCAGCGGGCAGAGCGGCAACUACGGAGGAGGCAACCUCAUGAAAGGGUGGCUUCUGUCACACGAGAAGCUCCAUCAGGAGAAGGCAGCGUAUUGA